AUGCCAUCCUGGUCCAACAAACCCUCCGGCACCAUGACCGCCGCGGUCCUCACAUCCCUCGGCGCUCAUCCCCCCUCCGCAUGCUUCACCAUCGACCAGGCCUACCCUAAGCCCACCCUGCCAUCCGGGGACUGGGUCCUCGUGCGCGUCAGAGCCGCCGGCCUCAACAGAGCCGAGCUACGCGGACGUAACGGUGAUGCGCCCGCCCCGGCAGAAUUCGGUAUAUCCACAUCGGAAUACCAUGAGGAUCCGCCAAAGAUCCUAGGCGAAAAAUCCGUCGGCACCGUCGAAACCGCCGGCGCCUCCACCCCCUUCCACCCCGGCGACCCCGUCGCCGGCUGGGUCUACGGCGGCGGCAAAGCCCACGACGGCGCCUACGCCCAGUACACCCUCUGCCACUCGCGGCGCCGCUUCCCCAUCCCGCCCACCUCCCUGCCCUGGGACGUCCUCGGCGGCAUCUUCACGAGCAUGUGGACGGCAUGGGGCUCCCUCUUCGACGCCGCGGAGCCGAACCGGGGAUCGACCCUCCUGGUGCACGGCGGCACCAGCAGCCUGAGCCUCUGGGCCAUCCUCCUCGCCACCGACCACCCAUGCACCGUCAUCGCCACCACGCGCCAGGAGGACAAAGCCGCCAAGCUGCAGGACGCGGGCGCGCACCACGUCCUCCUGGAAUCGGACCUCGACGCGCGCCUCCGCCCCCCCGUCCCCAAGGGCGCCGACCGCAUCCUCGAACCCGUGGGUCCGGCUCAGAUCCUCAACGUCGCCCUCCCGCACCUGGCCCGCCGUCGCGACGGGCGUGCCGUCCAAGGCGUGGAGCCUGGACCCACUUCGCGCCGUCGGACAUCCCGCCGACGCGGAACCUGA